AUGGAGACCCGCAGCAGGAAAAAGAAACGUGAGAGCUCUGGUUCAACCACCGAGCAGCGCCCUAUCCCUCGUGACAAGUCUGGUCCCAGCGAUGGCCGUGCUAUUCGUACUCCACGUCCGCAUAAGAGAGUGCGAUUCUCGGACGCUGGCCCUGUAACGCAAGGUGUCCCCGAUGAUUCGACUGGCCUCACCCCAGCCUUGUGCCGGGCAUCGUUCAAGGAUAGAGAUAGUGCUAUACAGCGCACCCCAACUCGCUCCUCACGUCGCCACUCGACUCCUCUCGCGCGGUCUCGCCGGGUCACUGACAGUCCGAUGCCGCGAGCUUCAACUUCGCCAGAGAAUGUGCUGCAUUUCACGCCUUUGCGACAGCUUCUGGACACGCGGACCCAGCGUAGGAUCAGACGCAUAGGGUUGAGUGACGAGAUCAACAACCUUGAACGCGAGAAGAGAACAGCCGCCCAAAAUGAGAAAUCUCUUGAGACAUUGCUGCGCGAAAGAGAUUCUUUGAAGCAGGAACUCGAAAUGGUGAAGCGAGGGAAAACUCCAACGAGUCAAUUAUCUAGCGACAAUGGAGAGUGGAUGGCACCUGGAGAUCGGAUCGAACACCUAGAGUCUGAUAACGAUCGACUGAGGGCGCAGUUAUCUUUUUCGGCCAUGGACAAUUAUCGCCACCUUACACCAUCCGAAAGCGAUGCAUGUACCGUGGACACGAUCCUAGUCAAUGAUAGCGGCUUCGAAGGAGACACAGUAUUCAUGUCAGAUUCACCUACUUUCCAUGCAGCCGACACCUAUGCAAACCCAGACGAGUUUUCGCUCAGCCCAAGCCAUCCAGCAGUCGACGUUCCAGUCCAAACUUCACGCGAUACGGACCUGGAGUUCACCGCCAUCUCUCAGGAUCUGGAGGCAGCACGGAAAGAAAAAAGAGAUCUGUUCGAAUCGUGUCGUUCUCGCCUGAACUUGCUUGGUGGAACUGCCCUAGAACGGCACCUCCGUGAAGGAUCACCUCCAGCGGGAUUUCUCGACGAUAUCGUCCCUAGCUUAAUGCAAACGCUUGCCAGGGCUUCAGAUGCCACGCAGACUUUGAGUGAUAUCCAAAGUGAACUCUAUAGCCUAGGCUUCCAAGGUGCUAAUGCCCAGGAGAGCGUAGACGAACUACGCAACCGAUUUCGCACUGCUCGUCUCGAGUUGGAGCGGAUAGUCCCUGGAGAAACAGCCAAUGUGGGCUUAUGCGACGGCAUGUCCACUCUCGGCGCACUUGUGAAGCGAGUUCAGACGUUAGUCGAAAAUCUCAACGAGGAGCAGGCACGCCAUCAAGGCUCGUCUGAUCGUGAAAAAGCUUUGAGAGGACAGUUCGACAUGCUUCUCGUCCGCUAUGAGUCCGCGUCGCAGAGUAUCCUGGACCUUGAAGAGUCAAUCGCGUCUUCUGCGGGGGAUAUGCUUCACACAAGGAUGCGGAUGCAGGAACUCGAACGCGAAGCGCAGGAUCAUGUGGUCACCAAUGACAGAUUGAAGGUCGCAUUGGACAAGUAUCGUGAUGAGGUCACACGUGUCGAGGACAUCAUAACCAAGCUAGAAAGCGAGAACGCUGAGCGCGCCGAGACUCACACCCAACAGAUAUCGGAGUUAAAGCAGAAGAUCGCCGAGGAAGAAAACAGCCGUCACGCAGCUCAAUCAACUAUCGAGAACAUGGAGAAUCUCAUUCGCGAGCGAGAAGAAGUGAUUGAGCAGAACAGAAUCCGCGUUUGUGACCUCACUGCCAAGGUUGAGAGCAUUGAGCGCGAGCGUCAACAAGCAGUCGAGAACUUGGAAAAGAAUGCCACUGAACACGAGCAGGAGAUGGGAUUGAUGAAUGUUCGAGUUGGUGAACUAAAUACAGCAUUGGAAGCAGCCAGAUCGGAAGCCGAGAAGCUCAGUCGCUACAAUGCCGGGCUCAAGGAGCAGCUGCGACUAGAAGUUGAAGCCAAGGAUGGUCUGUUGGAUAAAUGGUUCGCAGAGCAGACACGAGCAUUCACCUCGAUGAAGGCCGCGGUCGGCGCUGAGCGUCGCAAGGCAAAGGUGCGGGAUGCAAAUUGGGAGCUCAAAUCGGACGAGAUAGAGUCAGACGACAAGGGUCUCGACUGUGAACCCAUCACCCCGGUCAGUAUGACCCGGUUUGUGGACGUGGAGGUCGGCCGUGGCAAGCACCGCAGGCGGCUUGACAGCGGAAUUGGUGUUCUCACUGAGGAUGAACUUGAAGACGACGUGGACGUGGUUCCCUCUGACCCUAUCGAUCUUUGA